AGUACGGGACCGACUUGCUGGUGUACUAGGAUAAUGCUGCGCCGCGAUCGAAUCGAUCUACGACUUUUUGCUUUCGAGCCCUCUACAAAUUCACUACAAAUCAAACCCGCGACAUUCACGCUCCUAUCUUAGUCAUUUCUGGACCCUAGAGUCUCCCGGCAUCUUUAUACCAUCGCACAAUGAACGCGCUUGUCAUCCCGACAUAUGACAUCACGCCCGAGCAAUGGGCCGAUUUUGCCAAAACAGCUGCAAUUCCUCCUUCAACUCCAGAUGGCAAACUCAUUGUUCCAUACAUCCUCGUGCACUCGCCCACACAGGAGAAUCUCAAAGAAGAGACCGAGCGAAUCAGUACUACAGACAAAACAGAGUUCAGCUCAGCUACCUGGCAAGAGAUCAGAGACACCGUUCUUGAUCUUGCUGAGCGAGAACCUCUAACUAUCCAUACGCGAUACUUCUUGAUACUGGACAAGCAGUCAACCGAAGAUCGCAGGGUCAUUGUUAUGGAAAGGGACGGGAAGUGGGUGAACGCAGAGGGCCAAGAGCGUUGGCCGCUCCCUGGAGAUUACGCGAUAAAGAUAACUAUGUGGAAGAGACAUCGGGUCCCGUUUGAGGAGGCGUGGGAAACUGUGGCUUUGAUCAGUGCGGAAGGGGGCUUAGAGGAAGAGCCGUAUCUAGAAGAGGUAAUGGAGGAGCAGCCUGAGUAAUGCGUUGAGGUACCCAUAGUACAUAGAUGACUCUUCGGGGCGGUAGUCUUGCUAGUCUAGCUGGACUAGCAUCGACUAUCUAGCCUGUGCUUUCUAUGCGCGCUGUAGGAUUGCAACUAUGUACCAACAAACGCUAUACUCGUGCUUUUCUUCAUUAAUUCAUCCCAG